GCCCCGCCCGCGGGGGCGGCCCGUGCCGCGGCCCCUCCUCGGGGCAGGCCGGCUGCAUGGGCAGGCGCUGCGGGGCACCGCGGGCGCCGGGAUCGCCGCUCCUGGGCGCCAGUUUAGAUUGCUGCUGAUUUGUUCCUCUGGAAUCUGCAAAAGGAAAGUCUGCCAGCCUCUGUGAAUAGCUUUGCAGUGUAACAGGAGUGGAGUUCCUGAGCAGAAUCGCUGAGAGAUAUGUGAACGUGUGGGAGCAAAGCUGAGCCCAUCGGUGUUUCUGCCUCAAACCUGGGCUCGUUCCCCAGGCACAGUCUGUGUGGGGGUGAGCACCUCUGUGGCACCUGGAGAUGAUGUCAGUCGAAGGGUCUACGAUCACAAGUCGAAUCAAAAAUCUGCUUCGAUCCCCUUCCAUUAAGCUGAGGAGAAGCAAGCCUGGGAACAAGCGAGAAGAUAUAGGCAGCAAGGUGACUUUGGAGAAGGUGUUGGGCAUAACCGUGUCGGGAGGCAGAGGAUUAGCCUGCGACCCCAGAACUGGCCUCGUCGCUUAUCCAGCAGGGUGUGUUGUUGUGCUCUUCAACCCUAGAAAAAAUAAGCAACACCAUAUUCUAAACAGCUCCAGGAAAACAAUUACAGCACUUGCUUUCUCUCCAGAUGGAAAAUAUUUGGUUACAGGAGAGAGUGGGCACAUGCCAGCAGUUCGGGUGUGGGACGUGGCUGAGCGCACCCAGGUGGCAGAGCUCCAGGAACACAAGUAUGGUGUGGCCUGUGUGGCCUUCUCCCCCAGCUCCAAGUACAUUGUGUCAGUGGGGUACCAGCAUGACAUGAUUGUCAACGUGUGGUCAUGGAAGAAAAACAUCGUAGUGGCAGCCAACAAAGUCUCAAGUAAAGUGACAGCGGUGUCAUUCUCGGAGGACUGCAGUUACUUUGUCACUGCUGGAAAUCGACAUAUCAAAUUCUGGUACCUGGAUGACAGCAAAACCUCCAAGGUCAAUGCCACAGUCCCCUUGCUGGGUCGCUCAGGAUUGCUUGGAGAACUGAGGAACAACUUCUUUGCAGACGUGGCUUGUGGAAGGGGCAAAAAAGCUGACAGCACUUUCUGUAUCACAUCCUCAGGCCUGCUCUGUGAAUUCAAUGAAAAAAGGCUGCUAGACAAGUGGGUGGAGCUGAGGACCACUGUGGCAAACUGCAUCUCUGUGAAUCAUGACUACAUCUUCUGUGGCUGCGCUGACGGCACUGUGCGGAUUUUUAACCCUCUGAACCUUCACUUUGUCACUACUCUGCCCAAGCCACACUUCCUGGGAACUGACAUCGCAAGUGUGACUGAGGCCAGCCGUCUUUUCUCUGGUGUAGCUGAUGCAAAGUAUCCAGACACAAUUGCCUUGACCUUUGACCCCACCAACCAGUGGCUUUCCUGUGUCUACAAUGACCACAGCCUGUAUGUGUGGGAUGUCAAGGAUCCAAAGAAAGUGGGCAAGGUGUACUCUGCUUUGUAUCACUCUUUCUGUGUGUGGAACAUUGAGAUGUAUCCAGAGGUGAAGGACAACAAUCAGCCCUGCCUCCCCCCUGGUUCUUUCAUCACCUGCUCCUCUGACAACACCAUUCGUCUGUGGAACACUGAAAGCUCCAACAUCCACGGCACAGCCCUGCACCGCAACAUCCUCAGCAAUGACUUGAUGAAAAUCAUCUAUGUAGAUGACAACACUCAGGUACUUCUGGACACUGAUUACAACUCAGCAGGAAGUGCAGAGAAAGCUGAUGCUCCAGUGCUGGAUACGAAGGUGGGGAUACGCACUGUCUGUGUGAGUCCCAGUGGGGAGCACCUGGCCUCAGGGGACAGGAUAGGCACUCUCAGAAUAUAUGAGUUGCAGUCUCUGAAGGAAAUGCUGAAGGUGGAAGCCCAUGACUCUGAAAUCCUAUGUCUGGAAUACUCCAAACCUGACACAGGUUUAAAGCUCUUAGCCUCAGCCAGUCGGGAUAGAUUGAUUCAUGUCUUGGAUGCUGGGAAGGAUUAUAGCCUGCAGCAAACCCUGGAUGAACAUUCUUCUUCCAUCACUGCAGUGAAGUUUGCAGCCAACGAUGGGAAAGUGCGAAUGAUAAGCUGUGGGGCAGACAAGAGCAUCUAUUUCCGCACUGCACAGAAGACAGGAGAAGGGGUCCAGUUUACCCGAACACAUCACAUUGUUAGGAAGACCACCCUUUAUGACAUGGAUGUGGAUCCCAGCUGGAAAUACGCAGCUAUUGGAUGCCAAGAUCGUAACAUCAGGGUUUUCAACAUUAGCAGUGGCAAACAGAAGAAGCUUUACAAGGGAUCCCAAGGUGAAGAUGGUACCCUUAUCAAAGUGCAGACAGAUCCUUCUGGUCUUUAUAUUGCAACCAGUUGUUCUGACAAGAACCUCUCCAUCUUUGAUUUCUAUUCUGGCGAGUGUGUUGCAACCAUGUAUGGACACUCAGAGAUUGUAACUGGGAUGAAAUUCAGUAAUGAUUGCAAACAUCUGAUCUCUGUUUCUGGUGACAGCUGCAUCUUCAUCUGGCGGCUGAGCUCAGAGAUGACCAUCAACAUGCGGCAGCGGCUGUCGGACAUGAAGCAGAGAGGGAAGCAGGCAGACAAGUCUCCUCCUCACAAGGCAGCUGGACUCAUGAGACAUGAGUCCAUCUCUGCCCUGUCCUCUGUGCCUGCACUCUCAUCAGACAGCGAUAAGGAUGGUGAAGAUGAAGGGAAUGAUGAAGAUGAGUUACGAGGGCUGCAGUCUUUCAAUAUGCAGUCCAACUGCAACACUGAGAGAGACUCAGAUCCAGACCUUACCCUCUCAAGAAGCCUUUCCCACUGGGAAAUGAGAAGGGCCAAAGAGAUAGCAGCAAUCCAGCGCUCAGAGGCACCGAUGAGCAAGAUGCCCCGUCAGCGUGGUCGCUGGUCCCAGCCAACCAGCAACAUAGAGAUGACUGUGAAAUCCAUGCUUGACCUGCGCCAGCUGGAGUCCUUCUCUGUUUCCCGCUCUCCAAGUCGAGACUCUCUGUCCCAAAACAGCAAUGGGGACGACAGAGAAGAGCACAGUGACCUUCCUGUGCACUCCAACAAGGUUGGCAGCUCAAUACCUCCUCAAGAUAAUGGGUCUUGUGUGCGACCCCAAGUGAUUCGGCUUGUGUCUUGUGAAGAGGGGAUUUUCUCUCAGGAACUGGAACCUUCUGAGAGUGAGGAAUGUGUAAUCUACCCUGAGCAAGAUGAAAUCCAUCCCACAGACUCUAGCAGUGAGUUCCAGGUAAAAGCAUUGCCCCAUGGGAAGCUCUGUAGAGGUUAUCACAGUAAUGGAUGCCCAGACAAACACAGUCCAGACAGUGCCUGCUCUGUAGAUUACAGCAGCAGUCGUCUGUCCAGCCCAGACCAUCCCAAUGAAGAUUCUGAAGGCACUGAACCUCUGAGUGUAGAUGGUGCCUCAGACCUGGAGGGAGAAGAAGGAGAGGAGGAUGUGGGUACCAGCAUGCCUGAGGGAGAAAUUCCUCAAAUACCUGAUCAGGAAAAGUUCCUCAAGGAGCAUUUUGGGACCCUGAGCAACACUGAUGGAAAAGGUGGCUCAUGUAGGAAUCUGGAAAGGACUGAAAACCUCAGCAUUUCCUCUCGCUUUCUUUCCCAAUCCCCGGCUCUCAGACGAUUGUCACUCUCUUCAUCAAAUCUGACACUGGAUUCAAAGCCCAUCGAGCCACCAACCCAGACCAGUCAGUUUACACCAAACCUGUUGAAAAAUGACAGCAGCCAUCCUGGUGAUGCAUCAGAGAGCAGCCAGCUCCUAGAGAAUGUGAAUUCAAAUCGAGCUAUUUAUGUGCAGAAAAAACGCAGAUCAGCUCUGGAGACCAGCAGAGUUGGAAUGGCUCCUGGACGAGUUAUUGCCUCCUUUCCAGAAGGCCCUGUGAAUGCUGUCAUGAGAAAGGCACAGUCAGUGCAUGACCUUGUGCAUGAGGAUAAGGGUCCUGGAGUGAUAUCCUCUGCCAAGCAGCGUCCUCAGACUCUUUUGGUGGUUGAGAAGGAUCCCAGACCUAACAAUUGCAGGGUGUUAUCAGCCAGUAUGUUGAAGAUGGAUGGAUCUGGUGCUCUGCUGGCCAAAGAUGUCAGGGCUGCAAAACCAAAGUCCUACAUGAACCCCACAACCAGCUUCCGGGCUAAGAUGUCAAGGAGCAUAUCUGUAGGGGAAAAUCUGUACCUUGGCUGCUCCACUGAAAUGUUGACUGAUGGGAGAACUAGUCCUCCACUGACAGAGAAGCCACAGAUUAGUUCUACAUCAGAUACUGAGAAGAUUAAGAUGCCUGUGAAAGAAAAUGUUCCAGUGAAACCUGCACUCCAGCCAGUUGUAAACUGCUCGUCUCCCAAGUCCUUCCACAGCAAGUUGGCAUCAUCAAACCGAGCACAUCUGAUUCUUGACAUUCCCAAGCCAUUGCCUGAUAGACCCACACUGGCCUCCUUCUCACCCACUACCAAAACAAAAACCCUGCUUGAGCCACAGUCUCCACAGUCACCUGCUGGGGCCUCUAAAAAGAAACCCUCUUUUCCUGAGGUCCGAGCCUCCAGGAGGGAGAAUCAAACUGCUGGAUCUCUAGUUCCUGGCAGAGAGGUCCCAACAGGGCUUGCUAAGGACAGCCCAGUGGAUUUUCCAGUCUCAAGGACAGAUUGCCAGGAUGAGGCAGGGGUUGCUAGUCUGAAACUGAGGGAGGUGCCAGAGGGCCAGCACCUGAGGUCUCCUGAGAGCACCCUGCCCAGGGGCAGGGAGCGGAUCACCGGCAUCGCCUGUGUGCUAGACAGCCAACCUGGACUUUGCCCACUAGACCCCAUCAGGCCGAGGUCUCCUACAUCAAUUUCUGCCUCGGCACAGGUCUCAGGUGUGCAUGGAUACCCAUCUCUUAUCUUCCCCCUUCUGUCUCCUGUCUUUGUGAACCGCCUCACGAUCCCAUCACAUUUCUUUACGUCCAGCUUCUGGCCUGUCUCGUCCUGUCUGCACCUGUCUCGUUCCAUAAACCAUCCCCUCAAUGAAUCGGGCAUCAGCAUAGAGCAGUGUGAGCACGUGGUGUCCGAGCUCCAGGACAGCAUGCGCAGAGCCCUUCGCCUUUACCGCAGGGUACUGAACGAUACAGAAUCUUCUACUGACAAAGACAAAAUAGCAGGCCUCCUGACAGAAACCUUCUCCUCAAUGAAGAAAGAAUUGGACUCUCUGAAGGAUGCAGAAGAGCUUCCAAAAGAUAAGGAGGCGCUGGUGAAGCCACAGGAUAACACUAGCCCAGUGAAUGAGGGAUGUGGUGCCAAUCUGCCGAGUCCCAAGAGUCUGGGAGAUGAGCAGACACUAGCUUUGUUGGAACAGUACUCAGAGCUAUUGCUGCAAGCUGUGGAACGACGCAUGGACAAAAAGCUCUAAGGAGGAUGCCUUUCAGGUGUUUGUGAAUACACAGAAAUAAUUGCAUGAAGAGGACCACAGAGAGAGCUUCAGACCAAUGCUACCAUCAGCUGGUCUAGGGCUGGUGGGGAUACCUUUAUAAAUUGAUUUCCUCAGGCUCCAACAACUGACUUGUUCCAAUUCUUAGCAAUGUGCUGGCCACAGUUUUAAUAUUUGUUUCCCAACUGUCUUCAACUUCCUGUCUCUAAACAAAGUCUUGAAAGAGGAGUUUGGAGAAAUUGCCAUGAAAUUUCUUCAUAGCCAGGAGGUCAGGAUGUUUGACACCUAAAAAUACAAAGAAACUCCAGUUUAUCCAAUAAAUUCUGAACUGCUGACUAAAAGUGAAGGAGUCCAUGUGAAGCCAAUCCCUUUCUCUCCAAGACUUCAUGAGAAUCAAGAAUCAGACUUUUUAUGGGUUUAUUUAUUAAUUUAUUUCUCUUGACUGUUGCUCUAUGCCACAUUUGUGGCUGUUAUCUUUGUCCUUUAAAAAAACUGUCAAUCCGUUUGCCAUAUCCCAGCGAGAAACAAUCUCUGUAUUAUAAAUCCCAAACAGGGAGACAGGCUGGAGUGUCUGUGCAAUUAAUGAACUUUGCUUAGAUCUUGUCUUGCUGUUCUUGCUUUUCCUGCCUUAGUUUUGUUCUCUGCAGUAAUCCUGCUGUUGUUAUGACAACCCUGUCUGCUUUCCUACUGUGUCAAGACAGUCCUCACACUGUAUUUUAUCUGCAUUCACCUCCAGGGAAAGACUCUGUAUCCCUUGGGCCAUGCUUUGGAGAUUACUUCAUGAAUUCAUAAGUGGUAUUUUUAAUCUGGAAUUUGAUGUUACAUUGAUACUUCAGACCAGGUUUUCUGCAGAUAUU